AUGUCGACAACUCUAUACGCUCGAUCCUGGGAUGAAACACAGACGAAAUCCCAGUCACUCAAUAUCUACACACACGACACAAGGGCAGUUAGCGAUAUAGCACUAACUACACUCAACUCGAAGCAACGAAUGGGAUUCUGGUCAAAGUUCAAGCGCUCCAAGAGUCAGAAUAUAAACAACUAUCACACCAAACCAGACGCAUUACCCCAGCGAGCAAAGUCAGACGCCAAUCUAGUAUGGUGUCCCGAACAGAAGAUAUGGUUGUUCGCACGCCAACCAGCCAACAACCCAUCCCUUGAUUCUCGAACACAACGACACAAAUCACAGCAAAAACCUACGGUUACCACAAGACUUCCACCGCGAGCCGAGUAUGGUGAAGAAGAACUCCUUUUUGCCCAGCUGCCUGGCCACUAUUGCCUGGGUAUUUACACCGAGGCCAACAACGAACCCGUCAGCCCGUGUGAGCCGGAUUACUUCGACUUCUCGGGACAAAAGGCCAUGCAGACAAGUCGAUGGAUGUCGGUUGCUCAGCGAGUUGGGCCAGGAAACACCAUGAGCUGA